AUGGCCACUGGGUCGGGAGGCAAGGACAUGUCCAAGCUCGAGGGCGUGAAGGAAGUUGCUGGGAGCAAUCCUGUCGUGUACGUCUUCGACCAGGAGCUUCAGCGUCCCUUGAAAUGUGCACCUCCACCACCGGCUCCUCGAGAAAGGCGCAAAAGCGGCAGAGGCAAGGAAGCAGAGGGAAGGACGCCACGAGGGCGACGAGAAAGAUGCCUCGAGUCUGUCCUCAAGCUGGCGGAGUACAACCAACGAGAUCUGGUGCAGCACUGGAAGAAUCAGUCUUCCGGCCGCAGGAAGAAAGCCAUACCUCGCCAAACGUUUCCGGACGAAAUGGCCAUGGAAGCUUUUGGUCUGAACUUAGAUCGUUGGCUCCAGGAGCGGCUGCUCCAGGAUACCCUUGAGAGAGAUGCGAGAUGGGAUCCGCCUGCCUCCGAGGGCGACCCGUCCUAUCCUUUCAUGUACUACCGCUACCUUCCGCCCCGCACCGUGGAGAAUGCAUACAUCGAGCCCGAAGAAGGAUGGAGCAGAGGAUUUCAUGGCACGUGGUUCUACGCCCUAUGGAACAUCUUGGAGAGCGGCGUGCUUCUGGAGUCCAGCAGCAAGGAAAGGGGACAUGAUUUUUAUUCCCCAGGUGUGUACUUGACCCCGAGCUUGAGCGGAUCGAUUUGGUAUGCCAGGCCCCACCACAUGUUCGACGAUGCCAUGUACCACCGUGUCAUAGUUGAGGUUCUCUACGACACGUCGAAAGUGAUGCCACUAAAGGGCAAAGUGGCAAGCAGGGCAGUGGUGGUCAGCAGCGAUGCCGUGGCGAUCACCGGCAUCAUCAUCCAGCCCAACUCGCCCCCGUAUGCUGGAGAGGAGCGCUGCGAGACCUUUGACCCUUCUCUCGAGGUGAUCCCCAGACAAUUUGAACCUCGCAGACGUAGACGCAAAAGGCGCCGAUCGAAGUCCCGCGAGCUUCACGCACAGGCCGCACAGGUUGUGAAAUCUGAGGAGUGUGACUCUGGUGCUGACCACAGACACGACGUGCGGCGCGAUCGUCGGUCUCUGUCAGCUUUGCGUGCUGCGUUCGUGCAGCAGUUAGGAACUCAUCCUGAUGAGUUCGGUCGUCGGCCGCUGCAGCGAAGACGGCGAAGAAGCGGAGCCUGA